UGGCUAAAACCCUAGGAAAUCGAGUGUGGUUUGGGGGAGUGCGGAGAUGGCGAUUGUAUGUGAUUGCUGGUUGAAUUCGAAUUUAUGGCAUUUGUUGUGCUUAUUCUUGAUGAAGGGGUAAAAUAUUGCCGCCUUGUGAUGAAUUUGGUAGGGGUUAGGGCUUUUUUCAUAUCUUUCUUGAUUUGGGGGUGUGUCAAAAGCGUCGGCUUGUUGGUUUAUGUUUGGAGGGAGGUGAAAGGUGGCCGCUUUCUUGUUUAUGGUAAUGGAGUAUUGAAAAGGUUGCCUAUUAUUGAUUCAGCCUUCAUGGGGGGCCAUGAUUGUGGGUGCAUUCUUGUCUUGGUUAUGUUUUGGUGGUGAAAAUGCUAUCAUUUUUCUGUAGAAAAAUAAUCUAUCAAUGAAGCCGUGAGGAGUACUUAUUGUCUAAUUGAUGUAGAAAAACAAUCCAUCAAUGAAGCCGUGAGGAGUACUUAUUGUCUAAUUGAUGUGAAUUCUUGAAGGUUCUGUUGCUUUAUAGGCUUUUAGAUGUAUAAAGGUGGUGUCACCUACCUUUUUGAUUUUUAAGGUUGUGAUGGAUCAUCAAGUAUCACAAUGUGGCCUUGGAAAGCUCUAUGCCAUUUUGGAUAUUGAAAUUGUUUUCCUGCACCGUGGUCAAUCUUUUCUAGGUGACUUUUCUUGAUUGACAUGUGGGAACAUGGGUCCUUUUCAGCAUUUUCUUUGUUAGGAUCCAUAUUUAAACACAGAUGCUGGUACAAUGUCUCCUUUUGAGCAUGGUGAGGUCUUUGUGCUUGACGAUGGUGGAGAGGUUGACUUGGAUUUAGGGAAUUAUGAGCGUUUCUUGGAUGUUACUCUGACAAGGGAUAACAACAUUACAACUGGAAAGAUAUAUCAGUCUGUCAUUGAGAAGGAGAGGAAGGGUGACUAUCUUGGAAAGACGGUCCAGGUUGUUCCUCAUGUAACUGAUGAAAUUAAACAGUGGAUACAGUCAGUAUCUUCUGUUCCUGUGGAUGGGCAGACUCGUCCAGCUGAUGUUUGUGUCAUUGAAUUGGGAGGCACUGUAGGUGAUAUUGAAUCAAUGCCAUUCAUUGAAGCUCUGCGCCAGUUGUCAUUUUCUCUUGGUAAGGACAAUUUCUGCCUCAUACAUGUGAGCCUUGUUCCGGUAUUGGGUGUAGUUGGUGAGCAGAAAACUAAGCCAACACAACACAGUGUACGAGAACUAAGGGCCUUGGGUCUGACUCCUGAUCUUCUAGCAUGCCGAUCCGCACAGCCACUAAUAGGAUCUGUCAAGGAGAAACUUUCACAAUUUUGUCAUGUACCGGUUGAGAAUAUACUUAACAUCCAUGAUGUUCCAAACUUGUGGCAUGUUCCACUUAUUCUUAGAAACCAAAAGGUUCACGAGGCUAUAAUCAAACAACUUAACCUUGGAAGGUCUGCUGGACCCCCUGAGUUACGAGAUUGGACACAGAUGGCUGAGUCAUAUGAUGACCUCAAAAACUCUGUUAAAAUCGCUUUGGUUGGGAAAUAUACUAAUCUGACCGAUUCCUACUUAUCAGUGGUGAAGGCUCUUCUACAUGCGAGUGUUGCAUGUUCAUUGAAACCUUCUAUCCAGUGGAUUGCAGCUUCAGAUCUUGAAGAUGCAACUGCAACAAGUGCACCAGAUGCCCAUGCUAAAGCUUGGGAAACUCUUAAGGGUUCCUCUUGCAUUUUGAUACCAGGAGGAUUCGGGGAUCGUGGAAUAUCUGGGAUGAUAUUGGCUGCAAAAUAUGCUCGUGAGAAUAAAGUUCCAUACCUUGGCAUUUGCUUGGGAAUGCAGAUAUCAGUGAUUGAGAUGUCCAGAAAUGUUCUUGGCCUAAAGGAUGCAGACAGUGAAGAGUUCAACUCAGAAACACCAUUUCGUGUGGUUAUGUACAUGCCUGAGGUUUCAAAAACGCACAUGGGAAAUACAAUGAGGUUGGGUUGCCGAAGAACGUUCUUUCGCAGGACAGAUUGUCUUACAUCAAAACUAUAUGGGAGCCCUGAGCAUGUAGAUGAGCGUCAUCGUCACAGAUAUGAGGUGAACCCUUCUUUCGUUGCUAUGCUUGAAAACGCUGGCCUUCAUUUUGUUGGUUGCGAUGAAAGUGGAAAGAGGAUGGAGGUUGUAGAGCUACAAGACCACCCAUUUUACAUAGGUGUUCAAUUCCAUCCAGAAUUUAAGUCAAGGCCUCGGAGACCUUCACCUCCAUUUACUGGUCUAAUAUUGGCAGCAGCUGAAUACAUGGGAACACCUGCAAAUAACUCAAAUGGACAUGUUGGAACAUCUGAGUAAUGCCAUCCUUAAUCUAUCAGAUGGAGGUCAUUGAUCCCUUUUUGGUGUUUUGUUGAGGCAUCUGCUUGUUGCUGCUGAGAUGAGGAUUCUAGUCAUUUUGGUCACAUACAUAAUCAUGUACCGGAGAUAACACUUAAAGCUGGAAGAGAAUUUUUGUUAUCCCAGAGACCUGUAAUUGCAUAGCUGAUCAUGGAUUCAUGAUACAGUGUGCAACGGAUUUUAGCGUGGUAAUUUUGUUGGGUGCUCAGAGUUUUAACUUCUGAUAGUAAUUGUAUCCUGUUAAACCCGUGCUCCGUUCAAGUUAAAAUGAAAA